CUGGUCCAGAGCUUCGAGCUGCAGCUCUCGAGCACACCACUCCAGGCUCCGUCUCUGUCCAGCUAGCCGGCGCAAUGCAAGCACGGCAUAGCUUCUUUCUUUCUUGUACCGUCGUCAUUCUCGCAGAGCAUCCCCGCCCGGUGGCUGCUUCUCUUCCCAAAACCUGAUUCUGCAGCAUCCUUGGGUCUCAGCUUGCUGACUUUCCCAUCUCGUACCCAUCUCUUUCCCAUAUCUCUGCGACAAAGUCGACCUCCCACUCCGGCGACACGCAUCUAUUUUCUUUACACGCCGGCCGCAAUCACCCAAUCCCGGUCUCGAUACAGACACUGAUCGCCACCACACUCUCGUAGGCAGCACUUGCGCCUCUACUUUCACCAUGCCGAGUGCCGGCUACGUCCAGGUGUCCCUAAUCUGGGUCGCCUACGCGGCUGCGGUAGCCCUCGCGCUCCUCGUUGCAUCAGUCACGACUUUUACCUGGCAGACACCGCGCGAGCGUUCCGCCAUUGUCAGUAUCGUCGCAAUCGUCAGCUUGACGGCUCUCCUCGCGACGGUCUUUCUCCUGCCUGUCGACAUCGCCCUCGUCUCCGCCACGACCUCAACUGCAACAGGCACCAAAAAGGACUGGGCGACUCCGGAACGCGUCGACAACAUCCUAUUGACUCUGAAGAUAGUCUACUACUCGCUCUACAGCUUCGAUGCACUUCUGUGCCUUGUCGUCAUCCCCUUCUCUUACUUCUGGUACGAGGAGUACGAUGAGGUUGAGGAGCAAGAGGGCAACCAGACUGUCGGCAGCAGAUUAUGGAGUGCCUUCAAGUACACCAUUGCUUUUAUCCUCCUAGUCAUCAUCAUCUUCCUGAUUGGCUUCUUCGUGCCGAGAGCUGGCAAGAAUGGUGGAUCUCACCUCGACCUCGAAUUCUUCAAGCGUCUCCUGGAAGAGAAUCACGGAGAAAGGGCGCUGACCUUCGGGCUCGGCCUCCUCAUUACUCUCGGUACAAUCCUGUACGUGCUGUACACCGGAGCUGGUCUCGCACUAUUCCCUGUAUCCUUCAUCAAGUCAGCACCCGCUGUGUCUGCGCCUCAGCUGUCCGAGACGACAGCCUCUGCCCUGGAGCAGAACCGCGAGCGCCAACGCCAACUCGAGAUGCGCAAUGCCGGCCGACCUGAGGGCAUGCCUGCCAAAGAUCGCAGAGAACUGGACGCACUGGCUCGGGAAGAGCGCACUCUAGUGCGCAGAGAGAGGCUCGCUGCGGAAGCACUUGGCGAAGGCAAGAGCUGGAUCAUUCGAGCAUGGACUAAGAUCUGUGCCGUGUUCCGCCCUCUCAAACUCAUCGGUGGCAUUCUCCUCGUCCUCAUUGCUAUCCUUGUCUGGGUCUCGAUGCUCAUUACCGGAAUCGACAAGGCUGCCAACUCCAUCUGCAAGCAACGCUGUGGUUACAUUCUCGGACACAUUAAUGUCUUCCAGCCAGUCAACUGGCUUUUUGUGCAGACGGCACGCGCUUUCCCUGUCGACUACAUUUUGAUGGCUCUGUUGAUUCUCCUCUUCUUCAGCAGCUCGGUCGCUGGCGUGGCAACGAUCGGCAUUCGGUUCUUGUGGUUGCGCAUCUUUGAACUACGCAAAGGCAAGACUGCGCCACAAGCUCUGCUUAUGGCUGUGGUCAUGCUCAACCUCAUCGUACUCGCCAUCAACUACGCCAUUGCAAUGCUGGUGGCUCCUCAGUACGCGACAUACGGCACGCAGACGUUCUGCGACCUGCCACCACACCAUCCCGACGAGCUGCCGGACUGCACCAACCACCCUGAGGCCGUCAAGCCGUGCUCGGAGUGGGUGGACUCGCGCUCGUCGAUCCAGGUCUGCACCACGACGGCCAUGUCCAAUUUCUUGAACCGCAUCAACCUGAACUGGCCGGUGUUUGGCGCCAUUGACUUUUGGGCGCAGUUUGCCUUCCUCGGUGUGUUUCUAAUUGUAUUCCUGACGGCCUUGUUCCGCACGCCCAAGCUGGACAUGGCACAAUUUGAUGAAGAGGCCGAGAUCGAUGAAGAGGAGAGUCUAUUGGCAACUACAUCAAGACGGUUCGGCGCGACGUGGCAGGAUAUCACGGGCCGAUCAGGUUCCAGGAACGCAUCAUCUGGCCACAAUUGAUUUGGAUAAGGCUGGAUCCUUCUUGAGACGGCAUGAGUUGGGUUGUUGAAUGACAAGGUUGUGAAUGGCUCGGAAUGUACGUGGGCGUGGACUGUCAUACGCGUUAUUUCACUUGGUGACCCGAAGUUGUGGGAUUCUCCCUGUCGUCAAGGUCGUGUUCUCGUUUCAGUGGUAAACCAAGUACAUACACGAAAAGUAAUCCAGACGCUGGUUUGUCUAUGAGCAG